GGGGCGGCGGGGAGCCCCCCGGCCGCGGGGCCCGGGUCUCCGGGGCAGGUUUCGUCCGGCGGAAGGUUCUCCAGCCGUGCCAAGCUAGCGGUCGCUGGCCGGAGCCAAAGUGUAGACCUGGAUGACCACCACAAACCUGAGUUUAGAAGAGUUUUUAGUUCUUCCAUCAUUGAAAAUGGGCAUCAGUCUUCAUCAGGUCAGGCAAAAGUCUCCCAUGAACUGACCUGUUUUCACACAUCAGACUCUUCCCCUGAAGCCCAUGCCCCUGCAGUCACCUUACAGAUGCCUCACCUUCCUGUUACUGCAGUAACCAGGAUAUCAGAGAAGUUUUCAGGAGAGACCAUCUGUUCAACAGGAACAACUAAUGUGUCUCCUGGCCUGCUGGGACAGAGCAAGACCAAAAAUGUGAUGGCAGUGAAAACGUCCAACCAGUCAGUGAAGGCCUGGAAUUCAAGUACAGUAAGAACAGUGCGUUCAUCUGCCACUGGAGAGAAUACCACUUCUGUCACUAAGUCUGUCUCAACUGUGAGCUAUGGGACGAGUAGUGGAACCAAAACUGGUGAAAGUGCCACUGACAGUUACUGUGAUGUGACCCCCAGCUCUCACUCCUCUCCUCCCACUGUACAUCGCCAAGUUGAAAGGAGGCGAGAACUGGUGCGGUCUCAGACGCUCCCACGGACUACAGGAACACAGGCCAGGAAAGCGCUUUUCGAGAAACUUGAACACGAUGGUGGAAAAGGAAAAGGAGAAUCCAGAGCUAAGCUGAAGAGGUCGCAGAGUUUUGGGGUUGCCAGCGCUAGCAGCAUUAAACAAAUUCUGUUAGACUGGUGUCGCUCAAAAACCAUAGGAUACAAGCACAUUGAUCUCCAGAACUUUUCCUCAAGCUGGAACGAUGGGAUGGCAUUCUGUGCUCUUGUGCAUUCUUUCUUUCCUGAAGCUUUUGAUUAUAAUAAGCUUGACCCAGCUAAUCGCAAGCAGAACUUUGAGCUGGCCUUCACCAUGGCUGAGAAAAUGGCUCACUGUGAUCGUCUGAUAGAAGUGGAUGACAUGAUGGUGAUGGGUUACAAGCCAGAUCCCAUGUGUGUCUUCACCUAUGUCCAGUCUCUAUACAAUCAUCUGCGACGCUUUGAAUAAAACCAUUGACACCUCUCCAGCCAGAAGGGUCACGUACAGUAUGCUAAUGGGAAGAGUGACUUUUUGCAAAUGGAACGCAGUGUUACUUCUUGCUUUUUACUGUCCCUUUGCUUACAUUCAACUGUGUGGCUGGCUGACUGAAGUGUUGCUGAGCAGCGCCCCAAGUGUUGAUCACAUCAGCAUGUCAGUAAUACAGAAAUAUGUUUGAAAAAGACAAAAAAACAUAGGGAAAGGCAAAUGCUGUCAUUUUGGUGCUAGUAGUAGGCUGGAUUAUUAAUAUUCUUGUGUUUAAAGAUCACAGGAAGCUAAUUUGCUGCUCCUGUCUCUGUUAGGCUGGGGACACAGUUUUAUGCAGUGACAGGUAACUCUGCUACAAAAGUGUUCCCUCUUAAAAUGCAGGUAAAAGUCCAGAAGAUACCACCUUCAAUUCCACUUCUCUGUUGAGCAUAGCACAAAAGAAAUAGCAGAUGGACAAGGAAAAUUCCGUUUAGCAAAUAAUAACCUACUCAACCACUAGGGCAAUAUUGCCCCUCCUCCAACCCUACCCCCCCACUCCAGCAUGCAUGCACGCGCGCACACACACACACAUCAAACAGGCAUUGUUCUGUUCUCUUAAAGCAGAAAGAGAACACAGCCUCUUACCUGCUGACUGGGGCGACAGAUAACUACCAUGUUACACAACAGCAUUUGUCUGUAAUAGUCAACUCUAAAGUGAUUUGCUUAGAGGCUUGCUAAAGCCUCUGCUGGCAGUUCUAGAUUAAUUUCUUGAUCAUGAAGAAUA